GAGACGGUUUGCUCAAAAAAUGAAGAAGCUCAUCAUAUUGUUCGUGGCAGCCUCGAUCAUCUGCAUCGAAUCAAUCCCGUAUGAGCACUCUUGCGGAGAAAACGCGAAUUAUCACGGAUGCGCCAGUGCAUGCUCGAUAGCAACCUGUACCAACCCAAAUCCGGCACGUUCUCUGCACAGUCCGUGCAUUAUGGUCUGCGUCCCCUGCGUCUGUAAAUCGGGAUUCCUAAGGAACCACCAAGGAAAGUGUGUACAACCAACGGACUGCGAGAAAGUUUAAUGUUUAUUUAAGCAAAAACAAUUGAAAUUCAAUGGACAAACAAAAAUGUCGUCUGAAUAUCUGAAACAUGUUUAAAAUUGUUAAUAGUUGCUAGUCAGUUCUAAGUAAUCAAUAAAGCGCAACACACAAGAAGAUGCCGUGGAGAAUUUCCCUUACUCU